AUGGAGGAAACUCUGCAAGCACUCAAUGAUCUGAUUUCCCAGUUCCUGAGCUUGGAUCGGUCUCUCUGGUCCAGUUCUGAUGAUGCUGACGCCUUUUUAGAAGCUGUGGAUGAACUAACUUCCACCAUCCAUGGCCUUGAGAACACCUCAGCGGAUCAUGUGCUCCUUGAGAACUUUGAUCUCCUUCUAGAGCGAUGUUCCACGAGGCUUAAGGUUGAGUUCCAGCAACUGGUGGGUACAUCUGGCUUCAGUGAUGACCAUGGUGACCACAAUUUCAAGAGAAGCCAAAAUGAAGAUGACAACCACACCUUUGUAGUCCAACCAGUUAGAAACUUUGACAUCAUUGUUGAUGCCUUACCAGAGGGUGUAGUCACUGAGGCAAAUCGAAUCGCAAGAAGGAUGAUCGCUGCUGGUUUUGGUGAUACAUGCGCGGAGACCUAUGCUUCUGCACGCCGCAACUUCAUUGAUGAGAGUAUUGCUCGACUUGGGGUUAAUGCUCAUUUCGAAGAAUUGUGCAAGUCAACAUCAUGGGAGGAGCUUGAGACUCAGAUCAUGCGCUGGAUACCUGCAAUACGUGUUGUGUUCCACAUCUUAAUCCCAAGUGAGCGUCACCUAUGCAAUUGCAUUUUUGAAGAAUUUACAUCCUACACUAACCUUGCCUUUGCUGCUGCAUGCAAACCAUUUCUUCAACUCCUGUCCUUUGCCAAAGUUAUUGCUGCUGCUGGACAUAACCUGGAGUGUCUCUUCCGCAUAGUUGACAUGUAUGAUGCUUUAACUGAUAUUCUUCCUGUCCUUGAUGAAGCCUUUGAUCAUGAGGAUUUAUGGUCAUGCUCCUCUUGGCUGUGUCUUCCUGAUCAACAAUGGGAUCUAUAUAAUCAAGUCAAUGGUUGCGAGCUUAAGAUCUUGCUGGGUGAGCAUUGGAUCAGGGUAAUAUCUGCAAAGGUUCAGCAAUGGGUGUUGGAAUACCGCCGGGCUACCUGGGGGAGGGCCAUAGCGAUACUUGAGACUGACAGAAGAUCUGACAGUAGUUUGAGUAUUAUGUUAGAGAAACUGAACCACUUCCAUAACUUUGUGGAAGCGAUUUGCCAGGUGCAGUCACGGUGGGUACUGGUGGAUAAGCAGCAAGCAGUGAAUUUGAGCAUUAUGGUUGAGGAGCUGGUUAUUCCAGUGUACAGGGAUACAACUGAGAUGUUAAAGGCAACAGAGGCUGUAGGGGUUUCAUAUGUGCGACCUGAGGACGUGAAGUCACGGAUUCAGCGGUUGUUCAAAGCAAUGGCCAAGUCAUAG